AUGGCAUCGGGUAUGACUGGUGCCCAAAUAAUAGAAGCACCCGAAGGUCAAGUGUGCAACAAAGCGAGAAGUGGUGAUAUCGUUGUUCGUGGAGUAUUACAAACUGCAGGAUGUGUUGGUGGUCCAAAUGGAUGUAGAACAGCGACUCAAGGAGGUAUUACGGCUACUCUAUGUUGUUGUACAUCGGAUCUUUGUAAUGGUAUAUCGAUGGGCCGAAACCAGCCACUCCUUCUCUUCAUUACUAUAUGUAUUAUCGCUAUUCUUACACAUCGAUGGUUUUAAUAUAACAUAAACUUUUGUUUUGCUCAUUGAUGAGAUAAUCCUGCAACUGCUAUUCUUUUUUGCUUCCUAUUGCUUUCAUAGUUUCUAUUUAAUAAUAAAAUAAAAUCCCUUAUCCUAUGUAUUACUAAUGUAUUGAUGAAGUUUUGAAGAAUUGAACAGGUAUAUUUAGCAUAAUAUAAGAAAUACAAUCAUAAUCGAUAAGAAGUCAAAGAUGAUAU